GGUGAAGCCACGUGCUCUCUGUUUAUCAUCAGCAAGGGGAGGGAGAUAGAGAAAGAGAGAUACAGUAGAGAGAGGAAGUCUCUCUCUCUCUCUCUCUCUCUCUCUCUCUCUCUCUCUCACGCUCUCAUUUUGUUUAGUACACCCACAGACACACACACAGCGACACGCAAUUUUCCAAUCCUUAGCAGCCUGAGGGACGCACACACUAGCACAGAGAGCAGAAAACCAGCCAAAGCAGAUUAUACCGACUGGAAAAGAUCUGAACCACACCACAGGUUGCUGUCCAGGAUGGCGGGGAUGAAGGAGCAGCAGUUCACCGAGGAGAAGCCCCUGUUGCCGGAGCAGCGAGGAAUGGACUCAGACAUGCAGGAUAAAGGAGGGGAGGCAUCAGGGGGGUUACCGCGCCCCGCCAGCCCCGCGCCCCUUAACCCCCCUCCUCCCCCAAGCCGCCCCACUCACCGCUGGCAUGUCAUGGCACGGCACUGGCUCCGCCAGACCCGCCGUCGGACCAGCGGGGUCCUCCCGGAAAGCUGUGAACAGCUGAUGCCGCCAGGGGAUUGGAAGGAACAUGACAUCGAGACCCCUUAUGGGAUGCUGCACGUGGUGAUCCGCGGGGCCCCCAAAGGAAACAAGCCCGCGAUCCUCACCUACCACGAUGUGGGACUGAACCACAAGCUGUGCUUCAACUCUUUCUUCAGUAAUGAGGACAUGCAGGAGAUCACCAAGCACUUUGUGGUGUGCCACGUCGACGCCCCGGGGCAGCAGAUUGGAGCGUCCCAGUUGCCACAGGGGUACCAGUACCCCACCAUGGACCAGCUGGCUGCCAUGCUGCCCACUGUGGUGCAGCACUUUGGAUUUAAGAGCAUCGUUGGGAUCGGAGUUGGAGCUGGAGCUUACAUCCUGGCCAAGUUUGCUCUGAUCUUCCCUGACAUGGUGGAGGGUUUGGUUCUGCUCAACAUCGACCCCAACGGCAAAGGCUGGAUCGACUGGGCUGCCACCAAGCUGUCAGGUUUGACCAGCGCUCUGCCAGAUACUGUGCUGCCACAUCUUUUCAGCCAGGAGGAGCUGAUGAACAACACAGAGCUGGUGCAGAGCUACCGGCAACAGAUCAACAACACCGUCAACCAGUUCAACCUGCAGCUUUUCUGGAACAUGUACAACAGCCGGAGGGACCUGGAGAUGAAUCGCAGUGGGACGGUGCUCAACGCCAAGACUCUGAAGUGUCCUGCGAUGCUGGUUGUUGGAGACAACGCCCCAGCGGAGGAGGGAGUGGUGGAGUGCAAUUCCAAACUGGACCCAACCAACACCACCUUCCUGAAGAUGGCUGACUCUGGUGGCCUUCCCCAGCUCACACAGCCCGGGAAGCUGACCGAAGCCUUCAAGUAUUUCCUGCAGGGAAUGGGCUACAUCGCUUAUGUGAAGGAUCGGAGGUUGAGUGGAGGGCCAGUGCCCUCCGCUAGUAUGACCCGCCUGGCUCGUUCCAGGACGGCCUCCCUGACCAGUGCCAGCUCCAUCGACGGGUCCCGCUCUCGGGCCUGCACCCAUUCCGACAGCACCGAGGGAGUCGGCCCAGUCACCCACACCAUGGAGGUGUCCUGCUGAGGAGUCGGCCAGCCAUAGAAAGAGGGACGGGGGGGAGGGAUGGAGAGGGAAAGAGCAAGACAGAAGGGAUGAUGGCCAAGAAAUGACGGGGGAGGGGUAUGAGGAAAAUGUGAAGGAUAGAAGGUGUGACUACUGCUGUAGGGGCAUUAUCGAUCAGUGCCUAACACCCAUGCACAAUUUGAGACAACACUACCCUGUUGAAACAUACACACUUCACAAGUAAAUACAUAGUGUACUCAUGGGAGUAUCCGAUUUGAGACCGACCUUUACUCUUGUAGUCAGACAUGGUAGAUUGUAGAACGAGACAGCAACAGGAAGGAAAGUUCAUGAAAAAGGUGGAGAAAGCUCUCUCUUUGCUUCAUCUAUUUCCUCCGGAUCCCUUUGUCUGCCGUCUUCUCCCUCCUCCACUGUAAAAUACCAUAUGUGUUGCUACUAAGACCCCCGACCACCCCUUCAAAUAUCUAACUCUACCCCCCCUCGCCCAGCACUUAAAUGAUUUAGGCAACUGUUUUGUUCUUGCAGUGUUAUUCUUGUGUUUGCUGUCUCCUCUUUCUUUGCCUGCACCCCCACCACCCACGCCUCCACAGAAAAGGACGUAAUGUUGUUGAGACAGCCAUAUAUGAUAUUAAUCACUAAGCAUCCAUAACUUGGAAAUUGGUCAGAGAAGGUGAACGUGUGGGCAAGGAAAACACAACAUUUAGGUGGUACCUUAAUGAAACAGUGUUAUACAUCAGUAUUUUUGAAAGCAGUUGAUUAUUUGUUGUUGUAUGGACAACAUGUGAGUAUCUCUCUCACCGUUGUUUCUAAGAGAUGCUUUCUCCUCUGUCUGAGUGACUGGUGAGCGUCAGAGGGUGUGUCCAGAAUUU